GUUUGCGUGCGCAGCCUGCCCGAUGUACCCGAGAUUGGAUUGAAAACCAGAGUCUGAUCACAUUUAAAACGACAUUUAUUCUUUUAUUUGCAAGAAUGCAGUCGGAGCUGCGUAUUCGUCUUAACGACGGCGGAUAUAAAAACUGGAUCAAGGCAGGCUUCUGUCUGCAGAAAAUACGAGAUUGUCUGAUUGGUUUUGUAAUCAGCGAAAUGGAGAAAUUCCACCAAUUUCUCCUUCACAAUAACUCGGUGCUGCGGCGAGAAAUUUGCAAGAAUUCUUGCCGUCCCCAAGGAACGAAAUUUCAGGGGGCGUGCCCUUUAUGCGAAGUAUGGAAGAGAGAAAUUCUGAAACAUCAUACAGUUCAAAACAAUGUGAUAUACUGGGGCAACUGUUCUCCUCCACUGUGGCCGAAGCAGGCUUGGGAAGUGGCAAAAGUCUAUAUGCCUCAUGGACAGGCCAACACACAGGGACCAGGAAAAUGUGAUGUGGCAGCUCUGUUAAAUCUAAUUAUUUCAUGUGACCAGUUUGAUUUUGUUGAACGGCAAAAAGUAAUUGAGAUAAUUAAAUGUCGCAAUGUCCUGAUGCAUUCCAUCGAAAUGAGAGUGUCUACUGAAUGGUUAAACAGCUAUAUACAGAAGACCCUUGUACUUCUACGGGCAUUUCAAUGCAUCCCUGAAGCAAAUGAGGCCAUCAGAAUUAUACAAGAGGUUGCAUCAUCAGAUUGGCAAGUUCAGCUAAUGGAAACUGAUGAAGUGGAUGCACUGAAGUUUACAGAUGAGAUAGAUACUGGAGAGAUCUUAAAUGCUGAAUUAGAACUACUUAGAGAAUGGAUCCAGGAACUGUGUUUCACAAUGGAAGAACAAGAGGCUUUGGAUAUUCAGCAUAUGAACAGUCUGAAUACUUUCAAAGAAUUUUUGAAGCAAAACAAAGAACUUGAAAAUGUGCUUCACAAAGAGGUUCAGCAGUUGUAUGCUGUCGAGAAAAGAUGGAAACAUGGUGUGGGGACUGUGAAAAGUCAAGAUGGAGUGGAAUGGAAUCUGGAGGAAAAUGAAGACAUAAAGACAUCAACAUGAUGCUGAUACCGUAUCACUGAUUGCAUGUGGAUUUGUUUGUAAAAACAGUGCGCUAACGGAGUCAGAAGACAAACGGUGAUUCUACACAAUGGUUCAUUGUUGGUUCUAGAAUGAAGAAUACAACUGCUUGUCAUUAUUACACGGUUACCAAGCCUAGUGUGGUAACCGUGUCCUAAUGUGGACUGAGGACGUUAAUGGAAUACAAUUAAUGAGUUGUUGCAUCGUAAAUGAGAAAUCAGGAAAAGAUUGUAAAAUGCCUUUCUUGUGCACAUAUAUACGUAGAAUUAUGGGUUAUUUAAUCUCUUAUGAAUAAAACUUUUAUUUCUUUUAAUGUAA